UAAUUCCUCACACUCACGUAAAAACGACGACCCCUGCAAUCCCCCCUCUUUGACUAUCAGCGGAAGAGAGCUCCCUAUAUCUUCACGGCUGCAAUCUGCGCUCACUUUCAUCGCAGCCUUUCGAUUUCAGAUUUGACCGAAGCGGUGGACGCAGUUGCUUCACAUCCGAUCGCCAAAAACGAUCUCCAGCCUUCUCAUCUUGCCGCACAUCCACUCUCCUCGCUUAUCUGCUACUCCUACAAUCUUCGUUGGCCUUCCUGCUGCUCUACACACAAGGUGCCCUCCAUCGACCGCUUCGACCGACUUCUUCCAUAGGUAGGCGCUUGGAUGCUUAUGUUCUUCCGCAUUCUAGUUUGUAGUGUAAGUGAGAAAUCAUGACCGCCUUAGAUGUAACAAGGACAGAACUUGCUCUUGCUGUUAUGUAUUUGAACAAAGCAGAGGCAAGGGACAAAAUAUGCAGAGCCAUUCAAUAUGGUUCAAAGUUCUUGAGUAAUGGAGAGCCUGGAACAGCUCAAAAUGUUGAUAAAUCAACUAGCUUGGCUCGCAAAGUGUUCCGUCUUUUCAAGUUCAUCAAUGAUCUGCAUGCCCUUAUCAGUCCAAGUGCUCCGGGAACCCCACUUUCUCUAGUCUUGUUGGGAAAGUCGAAGAAUGCAUUGCUAUCCACUUUCUUGUUCUUGGAUCAAAUUGUAUGGCUUGGCAGGACAGGCAUAUACAAGAAUAAAGAACGUGCUGAGUUACUUGGUAGGAUCUCCCUGUUUUGUUGGAUGGGUUCAUCAGUCUGCACCACUUUGGUUGAGAUCGGGGAGCUCGGAAGGCUUUCAGCAUCAAUGAAGAAGUUGGAGGCUGAGCUUAAAAAUACUAACAAAUACCAGAACGAGCAAUAUCACAGUAAACUUAAGAAGUCAAACGAUAGAUCUGUCGCACUGGUCAAAGCAGGGUUAGACAUUGUUGUUGCGGUUGGGUUACUUCAAUUGGCCCCUCAAAAAGUAACUCCACGUGUGACAGGAGCCUUUGGAUUUGUCAGCUCUCUCAUAUCCUGUUAUCAGUUGCUCCCUUCACCAGCAAAGACGAAGAUGGCUUGAUGAGAGAUGCCAAUGUUUGUCAAGUGAUCAUCCCGUCUUUUGCUACAAUAAUUAUGUGUAAAAAGGGGUAGUUUGUUGCUUAUGUUGCUUCCCUCUGCUAGUGCCCAUUGUAACAUGAAAUUUCACUUGCCUCAGUUUUUUAAAAUAAAUUCUCUUAUUGUAUUUUUCUCCCUUUCUUUCCUACUAAUUUAGUAUUAAAGAGCCAAUUGACAAAAAAGUGACCAUUUUUUAAAAUUCCAAAAAAGUGACUAAUAAUUAACAAACUUAC